UCUCCUCAGGGACCCAUCAAGUGUGGGGGAACGUCUGGCUCCCAUCAAGAGAGGACGUGGUCUCUUCACACAUUCUCCUCUCCUGCAGGAGUUCGGGAAGCUCCUCCUCUUCCUGCUCUGGAAGGUUUUCGGUGGUGCAGCUUUGCACUCCGAGGCUGCAGUCUUCCUCAGAGGUCUGUGGACACUUCUGGAGAUCCUGGAAGUGUUCUGCAGCUGGAAGCGACUCCAAGAAGUUCUCCAGGAAGCAGAGCGGGGUUUGGUUUGGUGUGAGCCUCCUGAUCUCAGAGCUGAAGACGGUCAGGAUCAGACGUUUCCUGAAAAGCAGAAGAUGUCCAUCAUGCGUGGAAUAAGAGUAUGUCUGAUCUUCAUCAUAGCAGCUGUUCUCUUUGACGUGUCUGCUCAGAAGACAGAGUGUGAGAACGAUCUGGUGGGUGACAUCGUCUUCCUGGUCGACAGCUCUGGAAGCAUUGGCUCUGAAAACUUUGAUUUGAUUAAAGAGUUUCUGAAAAGCAUCAUCAAAGGCCUUGACAUCGGCCCUCAGAAGAUCCGGGUGGGGCUGGCUCAGUACAGCCGUAAAUUUCACCCAGAAUUCGGGCUGAAAGAUAAUGAGGACAAGGAAAGCCUGCUAAAUAAAGUCAACCAAAUGUACUACCGUAAAGGCAAAACCUGGACCGGCGAAGCCCUCGAUUCCAUUCGCACACGUUACUUCACUGAACUGGAGGGGAGCAGAGCCGGCGAAAGAGUCCCGCAGAUCGCCGUCCUCAUCACGGAUGGAGGUUCCAGUGACAACGUGGAAGAACCUGCCUGGAGGCUAAGGAACCACGGGGUGCUGGUGUUCUGCAUUGGGGUGGAGAUGAAAAACCAGACGAAGCUGGAGACCAUUGCCAGUCCCCCCCACCACCAUAACAUCCUCCCCAUUAAACGCUUUCAGGAUCUGCAGAGUCAGUUUGGCGACCUGCUCAAAAGCAUGUGUGUCUAUAUGGAGAAUCAGAAGAAAGUUUUAACCAACCGGUACGUAGACAUCUUCUACUUGGUGGACAGCGGUUUGUCUUUGGGAGAGUUUAUCCAGUUGAGGGAGAGGCUUUCUGAAAUGAUCAGCCGGACCGAUGUGGGUCUGUCCAGCUGCCGUCUCGGUCUGGCUCAGUUUGGUCAAGACAUCGAAGUCGAGUUCCUUCUGAACAAGCAUGAAACCAAAAGCGAGACUUUGGAAGCCGUUCAAAAGUUCAGUCUUCAGUCCCCGCCCAAUCAGCGGCGAAACCUCAGCCGGGCUUUGGAGUACGCCAAGACUCACUUCUUCGGUGCAGAGGCGGGGGGCCGAGCCCACCUGGGAGUGCCUCAGCUUCUGGUCAUUGUGCUGGAAAACGAACCGUAUUCUGUUACCACAUUAUACCACGAUGAGUCUGCAUUCGUCUGUGCUAGAGCACUGAAGUUGUUCGGAAUCAGUGUUAGCAUAAUGAGCAACAUGGAGUUUCCCGGCUCUAUAAAUGGACUUGCCUCUUCUGGGAUGGUUUUUCCCUCUCUCAGCCUGGCAGACUUGCACCAAAAGGUUUCCUCGUCAAAAGGGGUGGUUUCACGGCAGAGUGAAGAGUGUGAAGGCGCCGGUGCUGCUGAUGUUGUGUUCAUUCUGAGCGAUUCGGGAGGAUCCGGAGAGGACGACUUCCCCUUUCUGCUCGUUUUUCUGGACUUCAUCAUCAACAGCCUGGAAAUCGGUCAGGCCAAGGUCAGAGUGGGAAUCGUUACCGCCAGCCACGUGCCCAGAGUGGAAGCUCAUCUCAAUACGUUCCACGGAAAAGCAGAACUGGAGCACUUCAUCAGUCUCCUGCCCCCCCGUCAAGGUGGCGCUAAAAUCGGAGCUGCCUUGAACUCAACUCGGGAGGUGAUGUUCAGGGAGAGAAACAGGGGCCGGAGGAAUGCCCGGAAGGUUGCCAUAGUGAUCACGGAUACUAAAUCCCAGGACAGUGUGAGUGAAGCAGCGAGCUCCCUGCGCCGGGCCGGUACCACCGUUUAUGCCGUAGGAGUCAAAGACGCCGAGCGAACUGAACUGGAGGAGAUGGCCAGUCACCCAUCUUCCAGACAUGUCUUCCCCCGAGCGGAUUUCAGCAGUCUGGUGGCAGAGACUCAGACGCUGCUGAGAAGCCUGUGUAGCGGCAUCGCUGAGAGCUUGAAGACGGCUGGAGAAAGCUCCAAAGAUGCAGAGAAAGUGUGUGUGGACACAGACCAGGCAGACAUCUUCUUCCUCAUCGAGGACUCCGGAGGCAUCAGUCAGCUGGACUUCAGUGACACGCAAAAGUUUGUCAUCAGCUUCCUUCCAUUCUUCCACAUCGGGCCUCGGCACGUUCGAAUCGGAUUGGUGAAAUACUCCGAUUCGCCUUCUCUGGAGUUUGACCUGACAGAGAAGUCCGACCCAGACGCGGUGGAAAAAGCUGUUCUGGGAAUCCGACGGGAAGGAGGCGGUGCGUACACGGGAAGAGCUCUGUCCUUCAUGAACGCUCACUUAGAGAGGGACACGGCGAGUCGUCGGGUCCCACGGUUCCUGAUAGUCGUCACCGGCGGAGAGGCCACAGACGAAGUCAAAGGCCCAGCAGAAGCUUUGAGACAGAAGGACGUCACGCUUCUCGCCGUCGGGGUGAAGAACGCCAAUGAAACUCAGCUGAUGGAGAUAUCCGGUGACUCCAGAAGAACCUUCUACGUCAACCACUUUGAUGCCCUGGAGUCCAUCAGUGACGGCGUGCUGGCAGAGAUCUGUGCUCCCGCAGCUUGUCAGCAGGUUCCUGUGGACGUUUUCUUCCUAACGAGCGGCUUCGCCGGUUCAUCCAAGAGAGACUUCCAGAAAAUGAAAGAUCUGUUGAAAUCUGUCAUCAGCAUGUUCACCCUCGGACCAGAUGACGUUCGUGUGGGCGUCAUGCAGCUUGGUGGCAACAGGGGUCUGGAGUUUGGCCUGAACAAAUACUUCAGCAGUGAGGAAAUGUUGGGCGCCGUGGACAGAAUGCAGCCCGUGGAGGGGGGGAACCGCCUGGGAAGGAGCCUCACCGAGGUCUCCAAGUAUUUGGAGGCGGCCGGUGGAGGUCGACCGGGCCUGAAGCAGAGCCUGGUGGUGAUCACAGAUCUCUGGAGCAUCGAUGAGGUCAGAGGUCCAGCUUCAGCUCUGAGGGCCAGAGAGGUGGAGAUCUACGCCGUGGGAGUGCUGGAGGCCAGCAGGAAGCAGCUGCUGGAGAUCAGCGGCUCCUCAGACAAAGUCUUUCAUUUGGAAGACUUUGAUGGACUUCCUGCAUUGGGCGGACCGCUCGCCUUAAAGCUCUGUGGAAAAGGCGUCAGCGUCCUGCUCACCGUAGCCCUGCGGGGCGCCGACCCUGCUCAGCUGCAGAUGGUGGAGUUUGGUCGAGGGUUGCAGUACCGCGUCCCCCUCAGCAUCUCCUUGCCCGGCGUCAGCAGCAGCAUCCUCCAGCAGAUAAGCGGCGCGGCUCAUCGGCUCUGCUGCGGCGUCAUGUGCAAGUGUUGGGGACCUGAAGGGAUCCGUGGUCCUUCUGGCGCUCCCGGGAUGAAGGGCUCUUCUGGAAGGAGCGGCUGGCCGGGCUUUCCUGGAGAGGAGGGAGUAUCUGGGGAGCGGGGCCCUCCAGGUCAGAGUGGCCCUACUGGCCCCCAGGGCUGCCCUGGAUCCAGAGGACAGAAGGGUUCUCGAGGCCUGAGCGGCACCAGGGGUGAAGAAGGACUCGGCGGGCUGGACGGCGUCCAUGGAGAGCAGGGAGACGCAGGACCGGACGGCAUCGGAGGAAGAGCGGGACAUCCAGGGAGUCCGGGAGUCCCGGGGAUUGACGGGGAACGGGGUUCUGAAGGACAGCGAGGAUUAUGUGGAGAUCCGGGGGACCCAGGAGCCAACAGCGCCAUCAGGGGGCCCAGAGGAGAAUCCGGUCCUCCAGGGAAUCCAGGACAACCUGGAGUAGACGGAGGGGGGGGGGCAAUGGGAUCACCUGGAAACAAGGGUUCAGACGGGCGAAGAGGCCCCCCCGGAGAGCUGGGGCCAGCAGGUGGGGGCGGAGCUCCAGGAGGAACUGGCCCUCCAGGGACCUCUGGUCCACAGGGACCAAGGGGAGGAGGCGGAGACAGAGGGCCCAAAGGGGUGUCUGGUUUCCCCGGGGUUCAGGGGGCACUAGGACCAGCUGGAGAACCGGGACAAGCUGGACGGCGUGGUCGGAAUGGACAGAAGGGCCACCCAGGAGAACCGGGUCUGCAGGGAGCAGCAGGACCUCAGGGACCCAGAGGAGCUCCGGGUCGAAGCGGCGCUGUGGGUUUUGGACCGGCUGGACCUGCAGGAGCAAAGGGACAGCGCGGGUUUCCGGGUCAUCCGGGUCUUCAGGGAGAUGGUGGGUCCAGAGGAACCAAAGGGAACCCUGGACCUGCUGGCGGCCCGGGUGGACGGGGACGGUCAGGCUUGCCGGGAGCAGCUGGAGAGUCUGGAGAUCCUGGAAAUCCUGGACAUGGAGGAGCUAAAGGUCCUCCUGGAGCUCCGGAUUGGACCGAGUGCGAGCUGACGGCGUUCAUCAGGGACCACUGCGCCUGCAGCCGCGGUAACCCCGCCUCUCCGGCCCUCCCCACCGAGCUGGUCUUUGCUCUGGACUUCUCUGGUGACGUGUCCUCGUCCAGCUUUGAGCUGCAGCGCUCUGCGCUCUUUUACCUGCUGGAGGGGGUCACCGUCGCCCAUGGCAACUGUCCGGCAGGCGCCCGCGUCUCCGUGGUGGGAUUCCACGAGUGGACCACGCGUCUGAUCCGCUUCCAUGAACAUUCCCACCAGCGGCAGCUGGCAGCCGCCCUGAAGGACAUCCCCUGGAAGCGCACGCCGUUCCGGCGCCACCUCGGCGCCGCCAUGCGCUUCGUGGGUCAGAGCGUCUUCAAGCGCGUGCGAGCCGGACUGCAGGUGAGGAAGGUGGCCGUCUUCUUCUCCGGCGGGCAGACACAGGACGUCCACGAGGUAGCAGGAGCCCUGAUGGAGCUUCGAGCUCUGAACAUCGUCCCGGUGGUCGUCUCUCUGACGGACACGCCCCAAAUCGCUCGGGCCCUGGAGCUGGAUGACUCGGGGACCUCCAUCUUCACGGUCCUGGCGAGGCAGCAGGACUUGCCCUCUGCGCUCAGGAAGGUCAGGAACUGUGCCAUAAGCUUUGACCCCUGCAGACGCUCGGAGGACUGCGCCUUCAUCCAGGACCCGCCCCCGCCUCAGCAGAUGGCGGUGGACCUGGCGGUGGUUGUGGACGGCUCCAGGGAGGUCCAGGCGGACGAGUUCGCCGGAGCUCAGCAGCUGCUGGGCUCGGUUCUGGAGCAGCUGGCCGUGAGUGCCGAGCCCAGCCAGGCCCGGGUGGCCGUGGUCCAGCAGGGCUCCGCCCAGGCCCCCAAGCUGGAGUUCGGCCUACAGACCUUUCAGAACCGGGACCUGAUGAAGAGACACCUCCUCCAGAACAUGCAGCAGCAGGGUGGCCCCUCCCUGCUGGGACGGACGCUGGAAUACACCCUGAGGGAGGUGCUGCCGAGGGCGGACCAGACCCGGCGGAAGAGGGUUCUGCUGACCGUGCUGGCGACCCGGACGGCCUUCGAGGACCGGAGCGCGCUCAGAAGCGCCUCCCAGAGGGCCCACUGUGACGGGGUGGCGCUGUUCGUGCUGACAGUAGGAGACCGCUACAACCAGACGCAGGUGGAGGAGCUGGCCAGCUCACCUGUGCAGCAGCACCUGAUCCACGUGGACCGGCUGGGGGCGGAGGGGCGGAGCUACGCCCAGCGCUUCUUCAGGGUCUUCCUGUCCGCGCUCAGCAAGGGCCUGAACUCUUACCCCGCCCCCUCGUUAAGGCGGACCUGCCGACAGCUGAACGACGCACAGAUCCUCGGCGGCCGCGUUGUGGAAGAUUGAACAGAUGAAGAAUCACCAGAAAUCUGCUGAGAUGAGCGACCAUGGAAGCCCGCAGUUCUGCAGAACUGGACCGGCUUCGGUUCUUCAUCUUCAAACGCCCCAAACAUCCUGAUGAAGUCAGACUGUCAGAGUCCUGGAGGUCUGGAGAGCUUCAGUUUCCAUGAUUCCCAGCAGGAAGUUCGGACUGAGACUGAGAUUCGCUUCCUGUUGGUGCUGUAAUCAGAUUACAAUAAGUAACUGUACUUUAGUGGUCAUCGAGAUGACCGCUUGGAUGCACUUUAAUAAAAGUGUUGGGUUCUGUCUCAGGUUUACCUGAAAAGGUGUUGAGAAAGACUUCAAUGACAGCGCCGCCCCCCCCAAGCUCCUCCCAGACCUUCAGAACUUAAAAUAGCUUUUAAAAUAACUUCAUCCGUUUUGUCACUAGUUAACAACUCAACUGGAAGCCCCGCCCACCCUCUCUCAUUGGUGAUGCGCCACUGGAACAUAAGCUUCAACUGAUUAGACAGCUGGGCUGUUGUCAUGACAACAUGGGGGAAACCUGGAGUCCAGAAAGCAUCAGAUGACCUUCAUCGGACGUCCGUCAUAAGACGACCUUUAGAAAAUGACCUUCAGCAGACGGUGUGAGUGCAGGUGAAAUCCUGCAGAGUUGAGUUUCCUGAUGGACUUGGAGGUUUCGGCCUGUCGUCGUAGUAACGUCUUAAGGUCUCUGUGCGCUGACCACAUCUUUGACCUCACAGUUUUUCUCCAUCGAUUCUCACAACAGUUAGUGCAACCUCCACAACAUGUAGUCUUUGGACUCAACCUACUGACAGUUUCAUGUUCAUUUCAUCCAAUGGUGAAUAACUUUGUAUAAAUCUCUACAAAAUGAUCACUUUUGACUUGCUUAUUCAUUUGUUUUAUCAUGUCUGCCAAAAUGAUCUGAACUUUUCCAGGCUGAAUAGUUAUUGUUUAUAAAACUAAUAAUCUUCAUUUCAUUGAUUGUAUCUUUGUACACGAACUUGUUGAACAUGUCGUCAAACAUUUUGUGCGUCCAUUUUAAAUUAAAUUGUUCUUGUGUUUUCAUAAAA